UAUUGGAUAUUUAUUGUAAAAUAAUUGUUAUUAAAUGUAUAAAUUUUUAUUGUAAAAUUAAAUGAGUGAAAUUAAAACUGCUGACUCAGUCUAUAAUCCUCUUGAAGUCGCCUAAAGUAAAGAACAAUUAAUUUUAACAAAAUAUAAUAUGUAUAUGCUCUAUAUAUGUACACAGUAUUGUUAAUUUUGAUGUAUAUAUUGUAAGAAAAUUCAUAUGAUUAGAUAUAUUCAUUAAUCAUUAGUUCCAAAGCUUCAGGGAUAGUUUUUUUAAAAUGUUUUUGCACAUACUUAAACGUCAUCUGUUUGCAAAUGCUGUAAAAUCAGGAGUACAACAUUGUUACAAAAUGAAGUACAGUAGUGGACACAGUUUUGAAAAAUUUAAAACAUUGAAGAUAUCAGUGCCACAGGAAUUUAUUUACAUGGUGCAAUUAAAUAGACCUAAAAAACUUAAUUCUAUGAAUGAAGCUAUGUGGAAAGAAUUCAAAACAUGUUUCAAUGAGUUAGCAGUAGAUCCAGAAUGCAGAGUUAUUGUACUUUCGGGUGAUGAUAAAAUCUUCACUGCAGGAAUUGAUCUUCAAGAUAUGGUAAACCUUGCACCAAAACUAGCAGAACAAGAAGACAUUGCACGAAAGUGCAAAAUAAUGCAGCUAAAAAUAAAAGACUAUCAAGAUAGUUUUAGUGCAAUAGAAAAGUGUCCAAAACCUGUAAUUGCAGCUAUAAAUGGCCCAUGUAUUGGUGCUGGUAUAGACAUGGUAUCAGCAGCUGAUAUUCGCUACUGCUCUUCAGGUGCAUGGUUUCAAAUAAAGGAAGUUGACAUAGGUAUGGCUGCUGAUGUGGGAACAUUGCAAAGAUUUCCCAAAAUUAUAGGCUCUGAUAGCUUGGUUAGAGAACUUGUAUAUACUGCAAGGAAAUUUACAGCUUCAGAGGCCUUACAACAUGGUUUCGUUAGUUGUUUAUUUGAAACUCCAGAAAGCUUACUAAAGGGAUCAAUGAAACUUGCAAGUGAGAUAGCAAGAAAAAGUCCAGUUGCAGUGCAAGGUUCCAAGUUAAGUUUGGUUUAUUCAAGAGAUCACUCUGUUCAAGAGGGUUUAGAUCAUAUUGUACUAUAUAAUCAAGCUAUGCUUCAAAGUGAAGACUUUGCCAAUGCAGCAAUGGCACAAGCCAUGAAAUCAGAAUCACCUGUUUUUUCAAAACUGUAAUAUUUGUUUGACUUUUAUACGCAUAUAUCAAGAUAAUGAUGAUAUGUAAUUCGAUAAAACUUUGAAUUGAAUAUUUUUAUAUGAAUAUAUCUGUACAUUUCAUAUCUAAGAAAAUGUGAUAAAUAUUUCAAAUAUAUUUUAUAUGCACUUUAA